AUGCCGUUCUUCAAGCAGCUGCGGCGUUCCAGACCGAGCUUUCGCACCACCAAGUCCGUGGAGUCGAAAUCCAACGAAUCUCAUUCCAAUGGUGAGAUGACGUCGGGGCAGUCGUCGACCACCCUCGAUACUUCCUCCUACAGCUCGGUGACCCCACCUUCCUCCAUCAAACCCGAUCGCUCGUCCCCAAACCUCCCGGCGCUUAAUGAGUGCAACGACAACAAUGCCAAUGGCGCAGACCCUCCCGCAGUCACUCAACGACCUCCACUCCACACGACCCCGAUGAAACGAAAUAGCGUUGUGAAUGGUAGCGUAAUGUCGUCUAAUGGUGCUAGCCGAUCGCCCUCGUCAUCUUCACCGUAUGCCCCCAGGAUUAUCUCCAUCUCGGACGGCUCGUGGGUACACCAAAAAGUGCUAUUGCUCUACGGUCAGACCGGAGACCCCAGGCAUCAUCCGCUGGACGGAACCGUAACCGCCUAUCACCACCAGGAUAACUUCCCAUCUGUCAGCUGGCCUGUCACCGCAUCGCAUUUCAAAGCGCUCGUCCAUCUAGUCCCGGGUCCUAAUCGAUUACGUUUCGACUUUGUGUCGACCAAACUGUCCUCGGGGAGUGCACAUCCAGCGAUCCAUUCCUCGUGGAUCUGCAUCAACUAUCUCCCGUUGGACAGUGCCCCUCCACUGCACCUGGUUGUCUUGCUUGGGAAGGACUCGGAGGGGACCUUCGAUGCGUCCCCGGAAAAGACGCAGCGGGAGGGACGUGGCCUGGACACUGCCAUUCGGAAGUAUCGCACGGCAGCGUAUUUGUGGCAGGCAUUUACCGGCGAACAAAUGUUCCGCAACAAUCUUGGACGGCGCUGUUUCCGUUUCGAAGAGGAGUGGCAGACCGGAACCCUCAGCCGUCGAGAUGUGGCUAACGGGCAGAUGCGGAACGAGGCGAAGGUCCACGUUGUUCGCACGGAGAAGACCGUCGCAGAGCUUCGAGAUCUCAACAUUGCGCAACAGUAUGGCCCGGCCACACAAAAGGAUGAAUUAUUCAAGAUCGCCAGGGAUGCCGUGCGGAACCACUUCCAGCCGCAACCGGGCCAGAAGCAGUAUGUUUCCGUUUUACUGCUCGACUCGCACUGGGACACGGGGUCCCAAACCAUCACCGGUCAUGCCGCGUUAGGGUCAGAUGGCGGCGAUAUCAAGAUGGCCAUCUUCGGCUCCCACAGUCUUCAGAGCUAUCCUUGUAGCCUGGAGGAAGUGGUCGAUGCCUUCUCGGACUGCAGUCGAACCAAUACGGAUUUCGUGGCAAAUGACUGCGGGGAAGCGGGGUCUAACUGGGAGGCUGCAAACAUCGGCAUUGGAGCUCACCUGCAUGAGGUCGGUCAUCUCUUCGGAUGCCCGCAUCAAGAGUCGGGCAUUAUGCUUCGCGACUAUGUCCGGCUCAAUCGGACCUUCACCACCCGCGAGCCCUUCUCCACCCGGACCAAGGCCCAGGGGCUGAAACUGUCCCUGCCGCAGGAUGAAUGCUCUUGGCACCGUCUGGAUGCCCUGCGGUUCCGCUUCCACCCCUGUUUCCGCCUUCCCACCGACGCGCCGGUGAGCUCGGACGACAGCGUUCAAGUCUGGCCUGUUGAGAAUGGGAAAAUCCUCAUAACCGCCUCAUCUGGGAUUGCCUUCCUGGAGUUGUACGCGGAGGGUGACCAGGUUUGUCGCAGUUUUGUCGAGUACCUCAACACGGAAUCAAGCCCCAACGGACUCCCGAAACAGGUCACCGUCACGGAGAGCGAACUACGCCAGCGGGUGUUUGGUGGGGAACGCGAAAAGAAGAAGCAGGUCAGGAUGACCAUCUUCUCAGGGGCCCUCGGCAGCCAUACCGUGAACGCCUUGAGCGACUUGAAAUCGAAGCGAUCGGUCGUGAAGCUUCCCAAGGGCCAUACCGGGUACAAGAGUAGUCAACUCGGCUUUUCGCAGAUGGAAGGCAGCCACCCGGAACAGGUCAUCCUGGACAGUGCCUUUGUGUCCACCAAGCUAUUGACCUCCAUCAAGGUUUACCACGGUGCGUCAUUGGAUGGGUUAGAAUUCUUCUACGAAGAUGCUACAAGUCAGCUCUUUGGGGGACGGGGAGGAAAGCCUGGUGGGGACGAGUUUGUGCUCGAUACUCGGCGGGGUGAAAUCUUACUUGGUUUCUACGUCCGGGCCGGUGCCUGGAUCGAUGGGAUCGAAAUUUUGACCAGCCUAGGGAGGAAGUCGGGGAUCUAUGGAAACGCCCAUGGAGGCUCGGGACACACGUUGAUCCCGCCUUUGGGGUAUAAAGUGGCCGGGGUUUCCGGAUCCUGUGGCCCAUGGGUGGACGGGUUCUCACUAAUAAUUUCACACUGA